AUGGCUUCACUGGGAUGCUUCGACUCGUCCCCUAACAGUGCUGCUCCGGCAGACGAGGCGGAGACGAAGCGGACACGCAAGCGGCGGAGUCAUCCGAAAUCGCGACUCGGCUGCACCGCCUGCAGGAGACGGAGGGUUAAGUGUGACGAAGCGCGUCCACGUUGCAGCAACUGCCAGAGGAGGGAGGAAGCUUGCAGCCUGCAGGAUCUAAUACCGACGUCGAGAAGAAAGAUCCUGCAGCCACAGGAACCGUGCAGUGGGCCGGGUCUGCAGCAGGGACUCCGUUCGCAGAUCAACAUGCUGCAGAUGAAACUGCUGCACCAUUUCAAUACGCUCACUGCCGAGACACUGGUCUUUGAUGUAUCCAUCUGGCGUGGCCGGGUUAUGACUUUGGCGCUGCAACACGAGUUUCUCAUGCACGCUGUGCUCCUCGUUGCCUCCAAACACCUAUGCUUUCUCAGGCCUGGUGAUGGAUCAUAUCGAUCAGCUUCGAUACUGCACCUCACGGAAACAUUGCGACUGUUCCGGAUCGCUCUCACACAACCGAUAUCUGCCUCCAACGCUGACGCAUUUAUCGCAACAUCGACACUCCUGGUCCACUAUGCUUGGGCAACAGACGAGGGCGCAGUCCAAGGGCAGAAUUCAAAAUUGAGUCUCAACGUAGAUCCGUUGUUCUGUUUAUCCCAGGGUCUGCGAACGCUGUUCAUGAAGGCUCACUACUUCAUCGACACUGGGGAGAGCGUUUUUGCUACCCCGGCGCGAUAUCGCCCUCGCAAGACGCUGGAGCGAGCGACGAUGGGACGCUCCAAGCCUUCGCAAGACCUGGAGAUUCUCAUUUCCGAGGCGUACUGCAGACACCGCGCAACAUCGGGGCGGCCGGUGGUGGUCGGCACCGAGUCCGUGGGUCUGAACUCGGUGACACAGUUCUUUUUCCAUCUCCAAACAGAUAAUGAUGACAAGGCCCUCACAGGAGAAGAAAUCGCGGAGGAAGAGGCGAACGAGGAUGUUGAACUGAUCGGCUUCCUCGAUGCCACCUCGCGAUUGGUGCUGAUCUUGGGGUUCUUUCAAUGGCAGCAAUCAGCCAUCACGGACCCGGAUCUUAUAACAGACACCGCCUUGGGUCAGGAUCCAACAUCCAAUGCCUCUGGUAUUGACAGAGUUGGACGUCGCCAAAUCCCGCCACUUUCAGACCUCGCCCGCUUCAUUUUCGCCUUCCCGACCCGGUCGACCGACACCUUCAUCCGCCUCGUCCAACACCACCAUCCCCACGCGCUCCUCAUCUUGUGCCUCUUCUACCGUGCCGUCUCCUUGCUCCUUCCUCGGCAACAGUGCUGGUGGAGCCAGAGGCGGGCUGAGGUUUUCGGGUCAGCCAUCGAAUGUGCACUACGAGCACGCCGCGAUGCACAUCUGGAUACGAUUUUGGAGGAGGGCAAGAGUGUGCUCAAGGGCGGCGCUGCAAGGAUCUCACAGGGUCGGGGUAAUACCGAGGUCAACGUGCAGGGACCUCUCGGAGUAGACACAUGGGAUGAAACAUGGCAGCGGACUCGACGUGUCUUGGAGAGGUUCGGCUGGAGGAAAGGACGCUGGUAUUCUGAACAGCUGGCUACGUCUCCGCGGAAUAUGUAA